CCAACCAUUCUGGAAUGGUCCUCGGCCUCUCAGAAAUGAUCAACCUCCUAGCGCCGAAAACCCUAGCCAUUCUGGUGCUGAAUGAAACCAAAAUCGACAAGAUCGACCGCCUUACCGUAAUGAUUCACCAUCAAAAUAUUCCCACGUGUAUCUUCAACAACCAGGACGAGUACUUCCAGUAUAUUGGGAACAAUUUGAAGAAAUCCCUGGAAACGACAAGCCUACUGUUCUGCCAUCCAGAAGAAAUGGUCGAAGAUUUAGUUGUUCGACGCCUUGCACAUCGCCUAAGUCUUUACAUCUUCUAUUGGGGUGCACACAAGCCGCCAACCGUUCUGGAUCGAACUCUAUUGCGGGAGCCUCUGCGUGUGGCGGUCAUUACUAACCCUCGGAAGAACAUUUUCCGGAUAUUCUACAACCAAGCAAAGCCGAACAAUCGUGGUGAGCUUUUGAGUGCAAACUGGUUCGAUGGAAACGAUAUGACAUUCAAAAAAGUUCCCCUGUUGCCGACGCCCACCACCGUCUACAAGAACUUCGAGGGACGAGUAUUCACGAUUCCGGUUAUUCAUAAACCUCCUUGGCAUUUUGUAGCAUUUAAAAAGCACAACGACACCGAAAAUGAAGAAUUCGAGGUGACUGGCGGUAGGGACCAUAACUUGAUUCAGCUGAUCGCUCAUCGUAUGAACUUCAGCUUUAAGUACGUCGAUCAGGAGGACAGAAUACAGGGAACUGCUGUAGGUCCGCCGGAGAAUGCGACCUUUACGGGAGCCUUGGGCAUGCUACAGCGACGGGAAGUGGAUCUAUUCCUGGGGGAUGUGGCCGUGACUUGGGAACGGAUGCAAGCGGUUGAGUUUUCGUUCUUCACACUGGCGGACUCGGCUGCAUUCGUCACGCAUGCUCCACGAAAGCUGAGUGAAGCGUUGGCUUUGGUAAGGCCUUUUCAGGUAACGGUUUGGCCUUUGGUGCUACUGACAAUAUUGAUGUCCGGGCCGAUUUUGUAUAUUCUGAUUGCAAUGCCGUAUCAUCUGGAGGAUUGGGCUCGCGGAUCCAUGGCCAGAAGGCGGCGGUUUAAGGUUCAACGAGGUCCGUCGUUCUAUCACAUGCAGUACAUCCACGAAAUGAAUUAUGGUCCGCUUCCCGGUGGGGUGGAGAUUGCUGGAACACCUCGACAUCCUACUCUGGAUCGUUGCAUAUGGUACACGAUCAACGUUUAUCUGCGGCAAUCUGCUACUAUCCCAUACAACGGUCAUGUAUCGCGAUUCUUUUCCAUCCUUCUGUGGCUAUGUGCGACCUACGUUUUGGGAGACGUGUACUCGGCUCAACUAACAUCCCAACUGGCUAGACCUGCUAGAGAAGGACCGAUAGAUACCUUAGGAAAAUUGGAAAAUUGUAUGCUACGAGAUGGCUACCAGUUGCUGGUUGAACGACAGAGUGCGUUCCAAGCGGCCUUGGCCAACAGCACCGGUAUCCUGCAGCGUCUGUAUCGUAUAACCCAGCGUCAAUCGCAUAACGAAUCCUACCUGGUGUCUUCCGUAGAGGAAGGAAUUCGCGUUCUGGUGGACAAUUCCAAGCGAGCGGUAUUCGGAGGUCGCGAAACGCUAUAUUUCAACACGAAGCGCUACGGUGCGCAUCGGUUUCAGUUGAGCGAAAAGCUGUACACCCGCUAUUCGGCCGUAGCCGUGCAGUUCGGGUCACCGUUUUUGGACAGUCUUAACGAAGUAAUCAUGCGGUUGUUCGAGGCGGGAAUCAUCGAGAAGAUAACGAUAGCUGAGUAUGAGCGGAUGUUUGGCAGUCAAGUUGGACAGUUCGUGGACGAGUCGGAGCAGACGAUGAAACCGGAAAGCACUGGAACCGAAGGAGGAAAAGCGAAGAAAGCCGCCGAGAGUAAUGAGAAACUACAGCCGAUGAACUUGCGAAUGUUGCAGGGGGCGUUUCUGGCUUUGGCUUGUGGUCAUUUGCUGGGUGUCAUUGCAUUGAUGCUGGAGAACAAAUCUAAAUACAUACAAAACACUUUUGGAUGGAUAAGGGCAUGUCUUAAUAGAAUUAGCAGAAUUUUCUGCAAGAUCGGGAAAGCUCUUCGGCGCUCUUGCAAGCAAAUCCAACAGGAAGAUAGAAGCGUUUCCUCUUAUUCUUAUUAGAAUUUACGAAAUAUUUCAAGAAUCUUGUUUUGAUUUUGUUGUUCAUUAGUUUUGUUAUCAAACAAAAUUCUGUAAACAUUGUAAACAAAAGUAUAAUAGUAGUGCACUGCAUUAUGGA